AUGGCAGGGUUGGAUGACAUCAGCUCGUGCCCUGUUCUGGACGUUCCUGAAAAUGGAUACAGGACUCAAAUCAAGAGUGUCUCUGAAAUCGCCAUUGUUCGGUUCCACUGUCAGAGUGGAUACAGACUCAAGGGUCCUUUAAAGAAGACUUGCGUGCGCCUCAAUAAUGGCUCUCUGUCAUGGCGGCCGAGUGACACACCAGUGUGCCUAGAACAAGUCACAGAUUGCCUUGCUCCUUAUAUUGAAGAUGCCAAUGUUCAUAACAAGACAUACAAGUCUGGAGACAAGUUGAUAGUGAGCUGUCGAGACGGGUUCCAGACACGCUAUCCUGAUUUUGACAACAUGGCUUCGAUUUGUCAAGAUGACGGAACUUGGGAAAAUCUUCCUUUGUGUCAAGGUUGCUUGAGGCCUUUGGUUCUUCCUCACAGCUACGUGAACAUCUCAGACUUUGACGCCUCAUUUCCGGUGGGACGGGUGGUCUCCUAUCAGUGUUUUCCUGGGUAUAAGCUGGAGGGAGCAGAAUACCUGGAGUGUAUGUAUAACCUCAUCUGGUCUGAAGAACCUCCCAGGUGCCUUGAUGUGGAAGUCUGUCCCCUUCCCCCGAUGGUGGCGCAUGGAGAUUACAUUUGUCACCCUCAGCCCUGUGAACGGUACAUACACGGGACUGUGAUCGAGUUUUACUGUGACCCCGGGUACAUGCUUUCCAAUGAUUACAAGUACUUCACCUGCCAGUCUGGAGAGUGGUUCCCCUCAUCUCCGCUCUACUGUGAGAAGACAGAACAAUCCUGGCCGAACAGUCAAGAGACAAUGCUGACAACAUGGAAGAUUGUUGCUUUCACAGCGAGCAGCGUUCUCCUCGUCCUCCUGUUGGUCAUCAUCGCCAGAAGUUUCCAGACCAAGUUCAAGACCCAUUUUCUCCCAAGAAGUCCCCAGGACAGCUCGGCUGAGCCGGACUUUGUGGUGGUGGAUGGUGUCUUGGUCAUGCUUCCCUCCUAUGAUGAAGCGGUCAGCAGUGGUGUCAACGUCACGCCCCCUGGCUACAUGUCCUCUGCUGGCCAGAGGAGCCCAUCUCCCACAGAGGAAUCCCACCCGCCCGCUUAUCCUGGUAACCCUAACACAGACAGUCUAUGUGAGGAGUCAGAGACCUUUGACAGUUUGUUGGAGUCUUCUGACCUUCCUCAUACAUUACAUUCCUCUUCCAUGACACAUAUGAGGACCCCGGGCACACAGAAUAUGAACAGCGAAACAGCAACCACAAGUCCCAGCAUAGACAUUGCAGAUGAAAUCCCACUGAUGGAUGAAGAGGAGGUGGAAACAUAA